AUGGCUAUGGAAGAGAAUCUGAUGAAGAUGGUUUUAAAGAGAACCAUAAUGCUGAUGGAGAAGCUUGCUGCUGAUGAGAAGUUGCUUCCAGGCACCUUGUUGAGUAACCGCUCUCCAAGUCAUGGAACGAGUUCGUGUGGGAAGUCCUUGGGGAGCAACAAGAAUACUGCAACAGGUCCGUUGGUCCCAAAACUUGCAGGAACAGCAAAAAAGUCUGAAACAUUGGCUCUCCCCCUGGAUCAGGAAGGAAGCUCAAUUUCACUUGAAUGCGAUGUAACUUCUGUUGAUGAAGAUGAAGAUGAUGGAACAUCUGAUGGUGAAGUGGCCAGCUUAGACAAGGAAGAUGAAGAAGAUGCCAAUAGUGAGAGAUACCUUGCCUCGAAAGUCUGUACUUUCACUUCUAGUGGCAGUAAUUUCAUGGAACAACACUGGUAUUUUUGUUACACCUGUGACCUUACUGUGUCCAAAGGUUGCUGUUCUGUUUGUGCCAAAGUUUGCCACCGGGGUCACCGUGUUGUCUAUUCACGAUCAAGUCGGUUUUUCUGUGACUGUGGAGCUGGAGGUGUUAGGGGAAGCAGCUGCCAGUGCUUGAAGCCACGAAAAUUCAGUGGCACUGGAAGCGCUCCAGCUCGUAGUACAAAUAAUUUUCAAUCCCUUUUACCCUUGUCUGAGGAUGUAGAUCAGCUUGCAGAAAGCGAUUCAGAUGUGGAAGAAGAUGGUUUCGGGGAGGAAAAUCACGUUGUGUUAUCUAUCCCUAUGGAGACUCAAUAUAAGAUGUCACUGCUACUAGAAGAGCUCGGCAUAGAGGACCGAGUGCUGGAGCUUUUCUCUUCUUUACUUCCGUCUAUCACUAGCAAAAGAGACUCUGGCCUUUCAAAAGAUAAGCAGGUCAAUCUCGGGAAAGACAAGGUUCUUUCAUUUGACACAGAUCUUCUGCAGCUGAAAAAAGCAUAUAAAAGUGGAUCACUCGACUUGAAAAUAAAAGCUGACUAUGCUAAUUCAAAGGAUCUUAAGGCUCUUUUAGCGAAUGGCUCCAUUUUCAAGUCUCUCCUGAGUGUCAGUAUUCGGGGUCGCCUUGCAGUUGGAGAAGGUGAUAAAGUUGCUAUAUUUGAUGUUGGACAGCUAAUAGGACAAGCCACAAUUGCACCCAUAAAUGCAGACAAGGCCAAUGUUAAACCACUAUCCAGGAAUAUUGUUCGAUUUGAAAUUGUGCAUCUUACUUUCAACUCAGUUGUGGAGAAUUAUCUUGCUGUUGCAGGCCUUGAAGACUGCCAAAUACUUACUUUGAAUCAUCGAGGUGAAGUCAUCGACAGGCUUGCUGUUGAGCUUGCCUUGCAGGGUGCAUAUAUCAGGCGUAUAGACUGGGUUCCUGGUUCACAGGUUCAGUUGAUGGUUGUUACAAAUAAAUUCGUGAAGAUUUAUGAUCUAUCCCAGGAUAGUAUCAGUCCAACACAGUACUUCACCUUGCCAAAUGACAUGAUUGUGGAUGCUACCCUCUUUGCUGCAUCUCGUGGGAGAGUUUUCCUUCUUGUUCUUUCAGAACAAGGGAAUUUGUACAGGUUUGAACUAUCUUGGGGUGGAAAUGCAGGCGUAACACCACUUAAGGAAAUCGUUCAGAUUAUGGGAAAGGAUGUUACCGGAAAGGGUUCAUCUGUCUAUUUCUCUCCUACAUAUCGAUUGCUUUUCAUAUCCUAUCAUGAUGGAAGUUCUUUUAUGGGUCGACUUAGCUCAGACGCAACAUCCUUAACUGAAACAUCUGCAAUGUUUGAGGAGGAAUCAGAUUGUAAACAGAGGGUGGCUGGACUGCAUCGUUGGAAAGAGUUGUUGGGUGGCAGUGGCGUGAAAUCGAAUGCUGCCUCAGCUGUGUCCCUGAGGGGUGAUGGGGUAUGUGCACAGAAUCUCCGUCAUCCGACAGGAUCAUCUUCCCCUAUGGUCGGAAUAACCGCAUACAAACCUUUGUCGAAAGACAAUGUUCACUGUCUUGUUCUGCAUGAUGAUGGCAGCCUUCAGAUUUAUUCUCAUGCUCGGAGUGGAGUUGAUGCUUACUCAAAUUUCACAGCUGAAAAAGUUAAAAAGUUGGGUUCUAAGAUACUUAACAACAAAGCCUAUGCUGGUGCGAAGCCGGAGUUUCCCCUGGAUUUCUUUGAGAAGGCAUUUUGCAUUACUGCAGAUGUAAGACUCGGUAGUGAUGCCAUUAGAAAUGGUGAUUCCGAGGGAGCGAAACAAAGCUUGGCAUCUGAGGAUGGCUUUAUUGAGAGCCCCAGUCCCAUGGGCUUCAAGAUUUCCAUAUCCAAUCCAAAUCCUGACAUUGUUAUGGUUGGCAUCCGGAUGCAUGUGGGUACUACAUCAGCAAGCUCUAUACCUUCAGAAGUGACCAUUUUUCAGAGAUCGAUUAAGAUGGAUGAGGGCAUGAGGUGCUGGUAUGACAUUCCAUUUACGGUGGCUGAGUCACUUCUAGCUGAUGAAGAUGUUGUAAUCUCUGUGGGGCCGACUACUAGUGGGACUGCACUUCCCAGAAUAGACUCACUUGAAGUAUAUGGUCGUGCCAAAGAUGAAUUUGGCUGGAAAGAGAAAAUGGAUGCUGUGCUAGAUAUGGAAGCUCGUGUGCUUGGUCAUGGUCUGCUUCUUCCAGGCUCUAGUAAAAAGAGAGCAUUGACACAGUCUGCUUCUAUUGAGGAGCAAGUUAUCGCAGAUGUUUGUAGGCCACGGUACGAAGUGGAGCUUAGCGAACUCAAGUGCAAACAGCUACUGGAGACAAUUUUCGAAAGUGAUAGGGAAACUCUGUUACAAACUGCAGCUUGCCGUGUUUUGCAGUCUGUUUUUCCAAAAAAGGAGACAUACUAUCAGGUCAAAGACACCAUGCGACUUCUUGGAGUGGUCAAGGUCACCUCUAUUCUUUCUUCAAGGUUGGGAAUUUCUGGUACUGGAGGUUCGAUUGUUGAAGAGUUCAAUGCUCAGAUGCGGGCGGUGUCUAAAAUAUCUUUGACCCGUAAAGCAAAUUUCUCCGCGUUUUUGGAGAUGAAUGGUUCUGAAGUAGUGGAUAAUCUGAUGCAUGUGCUAUGGGGGAUUUUGGAGUCGGAGCCACUUGAUACACCAACUAUGAACAAUGUCGUGAUGUCUUCCGUUGAACUAAUCUAUAGCUAUGCGGAGUGUUUAGCAUCGCAAGCAAAGGUUACAGGGGUUCAUUCUGUGGCUCCUGCUGUUCAGUUACUGAAAGCACUUAUAUUAUUUCCUAAUGAGUCUGUGCAAACAUCCAGCAGAUAUGCACCAGUGUGCUAA